GACGAGUUCCACCCUUUUAUUGAAGCACUCCUGCCAUUUGUUAAGUCCUUUUCAUACACCUGGUUCAACUUGCAAGCGGCCAAAAGAAAAUACUACAAAAAGCACGAGAAGAGAAUGUCACUGGAAGAAGAGCGCCAAUGUAAAGAAGCACUACAGAAUGAGAAGGCAGAAGUCAAGCAGAAAUGGGCAUCUCGGUUGUUGGGAAAGCUUCGAAAAGAUAUUACUCAAGAGUGUCGAGAGGACUUUGUGUUAAGUAUAACGGGUAAACGGCCUGCGGUGUGUGUACUUUCCAAUCCAGACCAAAAGGGCAAAAUGCGACGAAUUGACUGUUUGCGACAAGCAGAUAAAGUGUGGCGACUCGAUCUCGUAAUGGUGAUAUUAUUUAAAGCAAUUCCAUUGGAAAGCACGGAUGGUGAGCGACUUGAGAAAAACCCAGACUGUGCGCAGCCGGGACUUUGUGUGAAUCCAUAUCAUAUUAAUGUGUCAGUGAGAGAAUUGGAUCUUUAUUUAGCAAAUUUUAUUAAUAGUCAUGAAAUACUCAGUGGGGUAUGUUUCAAUAAUAACAAUAACAAAAAGGACGAUGAACGAAAGAGCAAAGGUUUCACUCACAACCCCUACAAUGGCGUAAUAUGUAACGACAUCAUUUUAGCCACGGGAGUAUUUUCAUCCAAGGAGUUGUGGAAAUUAUCAAAAUCUUCAAUAUUGCACGAACUCUCCGACUCGCAGCCAAACAUGAACAACGUCAAACUAGAACAUCCAGCAUACUACUGUAACAGCUAUCCGGAACAAUCCGUAGUUCCCGUCGAACGAUCUUCAUCUGUUGAUGCUAUGGUUGUUUCAGCAACAUAUUCAAUGCCCCAAAACACUACAAUAGUAUCGUCUAGUUCACAAGCUAGUCCCAAUGCUUUGUAUUAUCAACACAGUCCCGAAGCUCAACACCAUCAUCAAAAUCAAGUGAAAUAUCCUGAAAAUGGCCACGAUACGCUCUCGGACUUUGUAACAUUCGUGUGCCAGGAAACUGAUAACAACCAAAACGCACAGAAAUGCUUCUUCCAGAUGCAGUCCAGCUUAUCGAGGAGUCCAAAGCCGCAGUAUUUCCCAUCCACAAUGCUUCCACCACCUCCUUUACCGCCAAUGGCCCGACCCGUUGCGAUCAUUCAAUCGACAGGGGAGGUUUCAAUGAGUGGACCGAAUUCUCCUCCGCCCAAUAUAACUCCACCUUGUAGCGAUGCUUCACCACCCGAAGAGGUAUGGUUUACUUUGCAGGUUCCCGAGCUCAGUUCAUCUCCACCUUUAAGUCCUGGUAGCCACGAUCGACGAAAAUCUCCAUCGCAACGAAAUUCUGUACCCACCAGCAAUCCUUAUUCACCCACCAGAGACUACUCGUCUUUCAGCCACUUCCACGGUCAACAAGGACAUUUGUUCAGCUAUCCGAAUAUGGCCGGAAUGUCUGGUGUUAUCAGCCCUACGAAUCUCAGUAUGUACUCUCCGAGCGUGAAUACACCUAGAGGAAGUUCGCGUUCAAAUAACAUCCCCCGAUGGAGUACGCCUCUUUUCAACUUAGACCAAGAGGAUUUUAACAUGAUUACACAUACUGCUGCUCCGGAACAAAACACAAUUAUUUUAAUGGAUGAUAGUGCUGCGGCGACAAGUGCUGAGCAUACAGGACAGUGCUGUAAUAAUUCAAAUUUAAUGUGUGAUGCCCAUAGAUUUUUUCAAGCUAGUGAUACGCUGGACUCUAGUACGUCGACGGCGUCUCGUGAUGCUGUUGAUCAGCUAUCUCAACCCUCAAAGUCGCCCUAGCAAUGAACCGGAGAUAUGGAGGGAACGGAUUAGCUUCAAUUUUUUUAGGUAAAUUUUAUAGUUCUUUCGGUUUUAAGUGAAUAGUAAUGUUGCCUUGUAAAUGGCUUUUUUCAAAUAACUGAAGCUUUUGAUAGUUAAACGAGAAUUAAAAAAUGCGAAAAUCGGAAGAACUGAUAGAAAUGAAAUGUGUUUGUAGCUGUAGGAAAGCAAUAUCUAUUCCCCCCAUAUCUCUGCGAUACAUGUCGACCAACAACGAAAGAAACUGCCUUUGCAGCUUUCCCGCCAGUUUAUGUGUGAAAUUUCGUUGAAUUUUACUAGUUUUGUCUGCGCGCACGGAUUUUGCCGAUGCGCAGCGCCAACUAACGCGUUUAGCCUUGACUCCGAACUUAAGAAGUUUACAUUUGCGAUUACCAGGUCAAUAAAUCACUUUUCUUCGCAACUGUGCUUCUUAUAUUUGGAAAUCAGUUGGUUUUCGUACGGCAUAAUAUAGAAGCUGCUCAAGUAGUGUAGGUAAAUUAGAUUAUAUCAAAGCGUAUACAUAAAAGUAGCCACCGGUGCCAAUAAAGGCUGUGCGUUAACUUGAAGUAUCGCAAGAUUAGUUGAGCAUACAACCCGACACAACAGUAAGCUCAAUUAAUCUUAAGACUUCGAGCCGUGAAGCCGAUUUUCGGUGAUCUAUUAAUAAUGUCACUUACUCUCUCUGGGUGCGAAAAUACAAGUAUUUGAAUGACUACUAUUACUUGGAUAUAAAAUGCUUCUACUGAAUCUAGAUUAAGUAGGCGACAUUAACUCAUGUUAGACUAAUUGCGCCCAAAUCUAACCCCCUGAAUGAUUAAAGUACUCUUAAGGUGGCCAUUUCAAUUUAUUCAAUUCCAAUGAAUAUCUACUAACACAAGCGAUUUGUAUGAAUUGCAAAUUUUCUUCCGACUUCAACGAAAACCCAUAUGAUUUGAAACUUUUCCUGGGGUGUUGUUAGCUUUAGAGUGACUAAAAUUCUUCAUGGCCAAUCUCGUUAAUUAUUAAUAAUUCGGUAAAACUACAAGUGACCUUACAUAAUACGAAUGAAAAGACUUUUUCGCCUGAUAUUUUACUACACGGUUUGUUCAAAAAGUUUGGCGUUGUAUAUAUACACAACUUUACGGAUUAAAUGAUAAAUAUAUAUUGUAUAUAUCUAGUAUCUAUUGAGCGCUCCAAAGUUAAACGGUGCUUAUAACUACUACGAAGACGUGAGCUUGAAGGUGGUUUUAUUAAUGCUGAUACUUUGGAAUUGCCUUGUUAUCGUCGUUUUUCACUUGAACUAUGAAAUUGUUAACUUUUCUGUGACAUAACAUUAAAGCUAAUUAUAAGAAAAAGUUGCCCUUGAGUGUGGUUGACUUAAACAUUCAUCGCUAGUUUUACCAAACGAAAGCAAUACAAGUCUAAAACUUUGACGAUUCGGAGGAAAAUGUUCAAAAGAACACCUGGAAAGUCGUUAAUGAGCCGACACACUCUAGAAUAAAAAUCACAUUGUAGGUGUUACAUGCAAUAAAUAACAAUCAUGCAGUUGCGGAGCAGUUUUUUGUUGUUACCAGGUCAAACAGCAAUAGUAGAUGUGAUUUUUUAUUUUAUUGAUGCUUAUUGCCUUUAAGCUGUUCUUUUGAGUAUAACUAACAAUUGAUAAGAUUCCUAAACCGCCGAAAUUAUUCUUAUGGGAAGACAACUCUCAAACCAACUAAGUAUUUGUAAACAAAAGGGGGGUGAUUUUGAAAUGCGCAUUCAACUCCGUUCCUACAUUGAGUAGAAUAAUGAAAGAUGCUUGUCUUCCACAGUUAAUAAAAUGCUUGGGAUGUUGUCAUUCCAAAACUAAGUUCAACUGUGGUUUUAGAGAUUAUUUGCACCACCACAAACUCCAAAUAAUGUUGCGGAAAACUGAUAUUCUAUCCCUACUAUAAUUAACAAUCUAGGCUAGAUUUGUAUCUUCUAAAGUCAGCUAGAUAGCUUGGAAACUCUCUUAAUAAAUCAUUCGAAGUGCAAUUAUAUGAUAUUGUCAAUUAGUCUAAUGGGUGGAAUAUUACUUCGGAUUUACAUGAUAAUCUAGCCAAUAUAUUCUAGAAUCUAGAAUGACAACGUUCUGAUCAUAUAACGAGGCUUGUCACAUAUACAAGCAGUGAGCUGGGUCCGUGCCUUAGUAUUACAAUAAUAUUGACAUUGUUACCUUAGCAUAGUUAGGAAUGUAUUUAAAAGAGCUUGCUCACUAAUAUUUAAAAAUAGUCACAACACCAGCUGAAUUUACUGAAUAUAUUCAAUCUCACACGAUAUUUACAUCCUCGAUGAAUCUUCCAUAACAUUCCUUGUGGGACAAGCGUUUUCUAAGCAAUAUUCAAGCAAACGAUUCUAAAUACAUUAUUCCCAUUGGUUUCCAUUGGAAGUAUAUGAUCAAAUACAGUGCAAAGUAUAGCGAGAAGAUCGAUCGAGGAUGUAACUAUGGCAGUAUCCAGUUUAAAUAAUAAUUGCCUAAUCCCGGUUGUAGCUACUUUUAGUGAGUUUAUUACAAAAGCGUGAUUGCUAUUCCCAUAUAUUUUAAAACAUAUUUUUAUAGUGUCCAAACUAUGUUCUUCCUCUUCUAAAUAGCAUUUUAAGGUCCAGGAAAACACAAAAAAUCAGAAUAAUUUUGCAUAUAGUUUGGACACUUUAUCCCAGGUCAUGUAUAUGUUUUUAAAUAUGUGGUACCAUAUAGCUUUAUGAGGUAGCCGCCCUACAUGUGCCUCUUUUUUUCAAAUCUUGCCCUUAGUGUUUUGUAAAGCCCAUGAAAAUUGAUCAUAAAUAUAUAGCUCAAGACAUACGAUAAGAUACCGUGUAUCCUAUUCAAUUAAUUAAUACGUUUUCUAUUAAUCUUGCUAUACAUUUUUGAUCUGUGUUCCCGCAAAGUUACCCAUUGUCGAUACUAUUGUUCUUAAAACCCAUGAUAGAAUUUUAUCAUUUUCUAUCAUGAAUACCAUGCUUUCUGUUGUUAUAAAAAGGCCAUGGUGCGUCAGAACGCAAUUUUAUUUUCAAUUAUCUUUUCGAACGUUUUAUACAAUAUCAACCAGGUCAGUGAUCGUGUAUUAAAUGUUCUUAAAGGAACCAUUUCGUCAUCUUGACUGAUUAACUAAUGAUAUGCUUCGAGCGUCAAUAGCACAAGAGUUAACUAUCUUGAUAAUUUUUAUUAGUUUUAAUCGCAUGUAGUUGGAUUAUCUUUUUAACUCUUCGAUAAUUUAUUAGCAUACGACCUCUUCCGAGUCCCAGAUCUACGAAAAUUCUCCUUCCGUCAAUUCAAGAGUUUACAGCAAAUAGUUGAAUCUAAAGCGAUAUUAUGAACACAAUUGGAAGACAUCGGCGGCAUCAAGAGAGCCGCCAAAUGUAAGCAGGUACAGGUUUUGAGAUGUACUAAUCUCAGGCUUCCCCCGGAUCCGUUUCGAGCCGACUAUGGGUUUAGCCUGAAAAUAACACUCCGGAUACCGGUACUUUAUAUACAUAAGUACAGGUAUUGGAAGUGUUCUUUUCAGGCUAAACCCAGAUGCUGAGAGCUAGUAGGCUCCAAACCGGUCUCGGGGAUGCUUCAGAAUAGCACCUCAAAAUCAUUACCUAUUUCCAUUACAAAUAGAAAGGUUUUAAAAUUCCAGGUCAUGGCCGUAAAUUGUUGUUUCGUACUUUAAUUCAAAACAUAUUUUUAAGCUUUUGUGAAGUGAAUAAGAUUCGUCAUCUGUGAUACGUGCGUAAAUAAAAAUAUUUACUUUAUUUACAAAUAACUAGUCGUGAUGCAAGUAGUCGGUCAACAAACCGCCGAUUGAAAAAAUGUUGACAACAAUUUUACUAUUGGGACCGGAUUGUUACUAAAAAUUGCGCCAACUUAGAUUAAACUUUCAAACCACACAUCGUUCGUAUGCAAACUGACUACUUUUUUUACCUUUGCUUUUUCUAGAAUAAAAAAUAUUGGAAAAAGUGAAGUUGUCGCAACUGAUUACUACGUUUUAAAUCACCCAGUUUGGAAGUUGCACAAUUGCCAUAAAAAACAACUAACUACAUUACAUAAUAAUGUAUACAUGAUAAUUGAUCUAAUAUAAAAUUGUGUUCAAAUUCCAAUGACCCAACAUAUUUAGUAUUUUAGAUCUACUGUUACUUUGUUAUAACAAAUAAUGUUAACAUGUUCAGUUGGGUUGGUUCAAUUAUUAAAUUCGCACGUAUUUUUGUUUUAGUGAACAUGACAAUAAUUUGAAUUCAAUUACAAUUGAUCAUUGAGUUUAGUAUAACAAGAGGUCAGCAACCAGUCACUUUUAACAUAAAUGCGAAAAACAUUAAGCCUUGGUAGUCUUCUCUUAUUACACCGUUAUAGAUGUUAACUCUUAUAAUCUGUUCACUUUAUAUUUUGUACAAAUUGUGUGAUACCCUUAAAUAAAUAAUGAUACUGUAUGUUACGUUAUUGUGUUAAUUUGUUGAUUUAGUAUUAGGAUUUAACUCAUAAAUGUAUGGUUUUUAAAUGCAUCAAUUCGACAUAAAAUAUAUUAUUUUGUUUUACGACACUAAAGAAUCAACUUAAUGUAAAUAGUUAAGGGAAAUAUUCGUUACAUUUCGCAUAUAAAUAUUUAUAGAAUCGGGUGAUAUUUAACCAGUGCCAUUGAUAUUGUUGAUUAAAUUGUUAGGCGUAUUUAUAUACGUCACGUAGUGGUUAUGUUAUUAUUAGCAGGCCUGAAACAAGCAUUGUACUUACUUUUAAUUUUAAGAAUAAAUCAGAGGGUUUCUUUA